AUGUCUACUGUCGCCUUCAAGCCCAACCAUCUCGCUGUUUUUGGCGCCGCGGCCGCUGGCGGUGCGGGCGGUCAACCUCCUCGCCGUCCUAACUUUAACCCUAAACCCCUUGACGACGAUGGUGACCUCGAGCUCAACCACCAAGAAGAGGAAGGGGUGUCCGCAGGGGAUGAAGAUAACGAUAGUCCCGAUGACGCCGCUGAGGAGGGCUUCCAGGAACGGCGCAGAGCAGGUGGAGGUGCUUUCCCCCCUAAUUCUCUUCCCAACCAUCCUUUGAAGCACAAGAAAGACCCUAUCAGGCAGAAGAAGCAGCGGGAGAAAAAUAAGAAGAAGAGCAAAACGGGGAAGAGGACUUACCUCAAGGAGCCGGAUACGUUUGACUGGAGGGUGAGAGCCGGGCUGUGGCUCAUGGGAACCACACCGGAGAAAAUUAUGGUGAAGGUGAAGGAGCAGGAGAGGAAGAGGGAGAGAGGAAGUGAGCAUGAUGAGGAGUGA